GAACGGAUCAUACAGCUUCUCGAAUGUUCCGAAAUCUUGAAUUCUUGAAUGACAAUUCCGAGAAGAAAUUAAAUAAUUUAAUUUGUUAUCAUAGUUAUUAUUUUGGGGAAGCUUGCACUCGCUUUACUCGCUUUCGUAAUUUCUUGCUAUCGUAUGUUUACCUGGUCGGGAAAAAUGAACUUGGAAGGGGAAACCGGCGACUAAGAGGCCUCUGAUUUUGUUUACGUGGACAUCAGUAUCGAAGACGAUAAGCAAGUUUUUAUAUUAAAAUGUCUGUUAGCAGUGGAGUAUCAUUCGCAUUGUCGUCAGUUCUGACGGUUCUUGUAUUCUCCGGAAUGCAAAUAUAUAAAUCUUCGCUAGCAUCCUCCCAAUUGUAUACCAUACUAGGAGGAUACAUCGGUUCCAUAUUGUUUAUAUGUAUACUAACUGCCGUAGGAAAUCUAGAAGCCACAAUAUUUGGAAAAUCCUUCCAACAAAAGUUAUUUCCCGAAGUUGUAUUUUCUCUAAUAAUUAGUUUAAUCGCGUCUGGAUUAGUGCAUCGCGUUGCAAUUACAACUUGCUUCUUAUUUUCUAUGGUUGCAUUGUAUUAUAUAAAUCGAAUCUCCCAAGAGACGUACUCUGUACCAGUGCCUGUACCAGUUGGAGUGCAUACAAAGAAGAGAAAAUAAGAAAAACAUACUAAUUUAAUGCAGCUUUUCUACUACAAUAUUGUGCUCAAUCGAAAAUUUUAGGAUUUAAGUAUCUUGCUUUCGAAAGCUCUUAAUCGAUCAUCUACUCAAUGUAUCUGACCAAAUAUGCUUAGUUAUCUUUUUGUAUUAAUAUAUUUCUACCGCUACAAUUGUAGGUAGAUAAGUAAAAUUAAAAUAAAAUGCAUCAUAUACAAAUAUUUUAUAACA